UGAAGUUCUGGUGAUCUAUCAUGGGGAACCACGUAGGAAAGAGAGACCACAGCACUGAGAAGCCAACCAAGAGUGCUGAAACGAAGGUGGAAGAAGCAGCCAAGGAGAGUCCCAAAGCAGCCAGAUUAACACAGCAGUCUUCAGAAGACAAUGAAGUAUUCAGCGAGGCAGAUGUGAGCCCGAACAAUGGGAGCUCCGCGCCGGGCCCCGCGGGGACGGACCCCCAAGGCACAGCGGAGCCCGAGAAUGCCGGGCGYGAGGCCAAGCCAGCUGACACAGCCGGGCGCCCCCACUUGAUCCGCCUCUUCUCCCGAGAUGCCCCGGGCAGGGAGGACAACACCUUCAAAGAUCGGCCCUCCGAGUCAGACGAGCUACAGACCAUCGAGGAGGACAGUGCAGCAGCUCCAGAGAACGCGGAUUUGAUGGCUUCACAAAAGCGCUCCUCUUUCCGGCACGGAUCCAAAAUGGCCUCUGCGAGCACCACAGACCACGCCAGGCACGGAUCGCCCCGGCACAGAGACUCGGGUCUACUUGACUCGUUGGGCAGAUUCUUUGGAGGUGAAAGACACGUUCCCCGGAGGGGCUCGGGCAAGGAUAUACACGCAGCCAGGGUUGGCCACGUAGGGUCCAUCCCCCAGAGGUCUCAGCAUGGGCGGCCUGGUGACGACAACCCCGUAGUCCACUUCUUCAAGAACAUUGUCUCACCCCGUACUCCUCCUCCAAUGCAAGCAAAGGGAAGAGGAUUAUCCCUCGCCAGAUUUAGCUGGGGUGGUGAAGGACACAAGCCAGGAUAUGGAAGUGGAAAAUUCUAUGAGCACAAAUCGGCUCACAAGGGACAUAAGGGAUCCUAUCAUGAGGGCCAGGGCACUCUUUCCAAGAUCUUUAAACUGGGAGGCUCUGGUUCCCGACCUGGAUCGCGAUCCGGCUCCCCAGUCGCCAGGCGCUGAAGCUCUCGGAGGGCCCUCAAGGAUCGUGUGCUCAGCUUCACCGUGUAACUGCCUUAAAAUGAGUAACUGCAGGAAUUACCUAGAUAGAUGCAAUCCAUUAAUACAUGCCAAUUAAGUUCUGCAUGCAGUAGAUUACACAGACUUCUAUUGGCAAUCCCUGCCCAACAGUUGAAUGAGAGGAACACACAAAGUAGCUUUACUCAAGGUUUUCCUUGUUUUACGUAAAGUAACAAGAUCUCUGACUUGACUCCUUCUUCUUCAGGAUGCCCUAACCAUUUGCUAGACCUCAUUAUUUCUCCCCAGCAUCUAAUUUAAGUGCAAGUGUUCGGAUUUCGUUUUACUGAGCAUCAGAGUUAUAAAAAUGGAGCUAAUGUCUUGGGUAACAAGUGCCGCUGUUAGUGAAUUUCUGAAACACUGCUGCAAUAAAAAUGUAUAUAUAAUCCACUAUGUGCAGAAGCUGUGAGGACUGUUUAUCCAAGUACUUUUUUUUUGAUUUGGGUUUUUGGAUUUUCGUUUCGUUUUAAUCUUCCUUCUCUCACUCACAGAAUAAUUUACUUUUCRUAACAGGAUUAGGCAGUCACGGAAAGGCUACCAAACACUGGGAGUUCAAGGUACGUGCAGUGUGGGAGGGGGCAGAUGUUGUAGAAUGAGACGCAGAGCUAUAGUGACACGGAAAUUCUUUCCAUGCUAUAAACUGCUCAUCAAACCCAAACCAUUACAGCGACGAGUGGAUGAGGGAGAGAAAGAGGAUUUCACAUUUGAGUUAGACUAAUGUCAAGAAACAAGGGAUUUUUCCCAAAGAAACAUCUGAGAUUGCACCCGUGGCCACUGCAAGUCACGGUUGCUCCACACAAACUUUGCUGCAACAACAUGAACUUAGCAGUAUAUUAAGUACAUAAAUAAGUCUAAUUUCUGAAAGAAAGCCCUUCAGUACUGGUAUUUAAGAUAGUCCUGCACAUUUCAUGUUAGAACUACGAAUCUUUUCCUAGGUACUGCAGCAGUGUUUUACUUGGUAAACUCAUCUUUUGACUGAAUAACACCUGGAUGCUGGUUAAUGGCAGCGCACCAAAGCAAACUCAUAGUAAACUACUGUGAACAUUUAACUGUUGUACUGUAGUUGCCUUAUAGAAAUAAAUUAUAACUGCGUUAGAUAUAGACAUUAAUUGUUUACAAAUUACUAAAAUGAAUGUGUGGCAAUGGUUAUUUCCAACCACAUGCGGGGGGURAGGGGAGGGAAAGGCUCUUCUGAAUUGCACUGUUUUAUUACUUACUAUUUCCUCAAACUGUUCUCCAAGUGUCUGAUUAAUUUUUAUGUUUUAGCCUAUGCAUUGUAGACUACAAUUAAUGCUUCCCAGGUUGAAACUGCAUUCCUAAUGAAUGAGUGCCCAGUAAAAGUUACCUAUAUAUAUAUUGUUAAUUAUAUUGUAGGUUUAAACCAGUGUUCAUUAAUAUGAGGCAAUGUAAAAGGAGAGGAUAGAAAAGACAUAGA